AUGGCCUCAUUCUUGGGCGCGCUGCGCCGUAACUGGCUCAUCUUCCGCCCUCCCGUGGCGACCAAGCAAGAUGAUGCCCUCAAGUUCGGCAUCCUUGGGGCCGCCAACAUCGCAGAGAUGGGCUUCAUCGUCCCGGCCAAGAGUCACCCGGAGGUGAUCGUCUACGCGGUUGCGGCCCGGGACAAGAAAAGAGCCGUCGCCUACGCCAAGAAACACGGAAUCCCCGAGGUCAGGGACAGUUAUCAAGCAAUCCUGGACGACCCGGCCAUCGAUGCAGUCUACAUCCCCACACCCAACGGGCUGCACUUCGAGUGGGCGCUCAAGGCCCUGGCCGCAGGCAAGCACGUCCUGCUGGAGAAGCCGAGCACCUCCAACGCCGAGGAGGCGCAGCUGCUCUUCCGGUCGCCGCUGAUCCUCACGCCGCAGAGGCAGCCCGGCCCCGUGCUGAUGGAGGCGUUCCACACCUUCUUCACGCCGGCCUGGCGGCUCUUCAUGACCACGGUCGACCGGCCGAGCAUCGCGCACGUGCAGGCGCGCGCCGUGAUCCCCUCCUUCAUCGCAGCGGACGACGACAUCCGCUUCAACUACGACCUCGCCGGCGGUUCUGCCAUGGACGUCGGCACGUACACCGUCCGGGCGGUGCGCGGGGUCAUGGGCGUCGAGCCCGAGGCGUGCGUCGGCGCCGACCUGCAGCGGAUGCCGCCGCCGUACGAGCGGUGCGACUGCAUGUUCCGCGCGCAACUCCAGUUCCCGGGCGACGCCGUCGGCGAGAUCGAGGGCGGGCUGCGCGGGUCCAACUUUGGCCUGGCGUGGCCGACGCUUACCGUCCGGCAUCGCGCGGUGGCCGUCACGGGCGCGGAGGUGGAGGACGGGACGGAUGUGAAGCGGACGCGCAAGGUUGUGUUUGUGAAUUUCAUGUUCGGCCCAAUCUACCACCGCAUAGACAUCGAGGAUGAGUUUGUCGUCACGAAGGAGGGCACCGAGGAGGUGGUGCGCAAGUAUGUCAAGAAGGAGACUAAGAAGGCGUAUACCUUCAAGGAGAUGGGCGUUGACCAGCCUGGUGAGAUAUACUGGCUGACGUACCGUCACAUGCUGGAGCAGUUUGUGAACCGCAUCCGUGGUCGUGAGGGCUCUGGUAUGUUUAUAACGCACGAGGACAGCAUGGCGCAGAUGCGGGCGCUGGACAUGAUUUAUGAGAAGUCUGGCUUGGGUUUGAGGCCGACGAGUGAGUACAGGCCGUAA